AUGAACCACUUCUCAGACAACGGAUCGGACGCUAGCGACAACAGCUGGGAUCACGGACCCGAGGCUAGCACGCGAGAGGAACAGCUUCAACUCAUUGCAGAAGGUCUCUUACCCGCAGGUAGGUGGGAGGACUCCGCCCCAUGGCGCUUUGGUCUCGACCCAACCGAGACUCCACUGGAAUUCCGCGCUCGGCUGGCCAGAGAAUUUUCGGAACAGUUCCAGGAAAUAGAACUUAGCCCAGCAGAGAUCAUUGCCAUGCAUGAAGCGAUCCAGGGACGCGAAUCAGGCGGCGAUCUAGGUGGCUUGGAUCAACUCAAUGUUCCCGACCACAGUGAUACUGAUUCUGACAUCUCUAUGGGGAGCACUGGCGAGUAUAUACAUGAAGCACCGUUUCGCGCUGUCCAGUCGCAGGCACCCAAUACUGCUCCUCCUCGUCCUCGCUACAUCAUCGGGGAAGAUGGUGCAGCUUUACAGUUGGUCGAUGAUCGUGCGACCAGUAUGCUUGAGCCAGACAUGCCAGCGGAACCGGGUCGUCCUGGAGUAACCGUCGUGAACAGUAACGCCAUUCGUGUCCUCUUACAUCGGACUCGGACUCUCGCUGCUCAGCAGAGCGAAUAUGAUGGCGAGCAAACCCUUCGCAACUUUCACGACAUGAUGCUUUUCGUCGGUGUUCCCCGGCAAGUUCUUCAAGCCAUCUACUUUCCCCGUCAGAGCGAGCAGGAGAUGGACGAACAGUGGUUAAACAACGAAGAGGACUACUACCAAAACCUACGAUGGGAAGCCAUCCACAUGAUGGAAAGCCUCCUUAUCGACUUUCACUUGAGCGGCGCAAAUUUCGAGCGCGAUUAUUUGCAGAAGAUGUGGGCAUGGGACGCAGCAGAUCCCGCGGUUGCGAUUCGGUUCCGUGAACAUUGCGCCAAUGCCUGCCAAUUAACCGAUUACAUGCCACGCAAGCUCGCCAUCUUCGGCUGGUUCUCGCAAUUCCCCGAAGAAGUCAUGGUCUCGUUGGAUCAUCUUCUUUCGCACCAUUGUCAAGUCGUAGCGCUCAAGCGUAGGAUCCGACAGGCCAGAAUCGAUGCUGACCAAGAUCCUGAAGAGAUUCCCGCACGAUUCGCCGCACACCCGCAUGAGCUGUUUGGAGAAGCGAACGAGCGGGGCUUCCAAGAAGAGAUAGUCUUUGGUUUCGAAACUUACCCCGAUGGUAUUACCGAGCCUUUGGGAGGUUCGGCAAUCUUCACGCCACCCUCCUACAGCGAUCAGAACGAACAUGUUACCAAAAUCCUCGCUGGCUUUGCUGUCUACCUGCAACGCUCGAUCCGAACACCCGAGGACUUUGAAACUGAGAGGGGGUAUCUCAUCAACCAUACUUCUAUAGCACAAUGGACGCGUGGGGCCGAUCAGUAUCUGGCAAACAACUGGCAGGCGUGGACUCAGCCGCAGAUCGACGCCGUGCAAGCGGCUUUGAAUGUAGCUCUUGUCAUGUUACAAUCUGGGACAGCAGACGCMGCGCUUGCUUGA